UGUUUUGUCUCACAGGCUGCGGCUUCUUCUUCCUCCAGAAAUCGUUAGAAAAGUCCCGCUGCAGUGUGAUUUAGUCUAAAAACACAAACAUUAACUCAUACCAUUAAAACAUAUGUAACUUUAAACGUCGUGUUAGUAGAGUAAGCUGUGGUGUACGCCCGGAAAGCUGCCUGAAAGACAAGAAACUGGGCAUAAAGCUGAAAACACGUCCGUAAAGUCAACAUGCUGCCACACACACACACACACACACUCACACUCACACUCACACUGACAUGAAGUUUAUCCAUAACAAGAAGUCCGUCAGAGCUCAUGUGUGACCCGUGAUUAAGCUGUACUCGGUCUGAGAUGAGACCAGCUGCAGAGCUCCAGGAGUCAGCAUGACCACACUGAGGAGGAUUCACUCCUGGUUCCCGCUCCUGAAGCGACCCUGCUGCCGCGGAGCAGCGCCGGCCUCCUGCAGCCUCCUGCACACGCCUCAGCCCCGCACUGCUGCUGCUGCUGCUGCUGCUGCAGGGAGAGCCGGGUCUCUCUGUCAGAUCAGGAGGUUUACAGCCUCUGCAUGCAGGCUGAAGGACACUGAUGGUAGUUACACUGAUGAGGAGGAGGAGGAGGAGGAGGAUGGAGAUUUCAUUGAUGACAGCGAGGUGGAGGAGCUGUUCCAGCAGCAGAUUCCUGCAGGAAUCGGAGAAGGUCAGCACAGCGUGUUCAUCGUUCACCCUGAUGUGAAGUGGGGGAGCAGGAAGCAGCACCUGACCACAGCCGAGCUGAUGAUGGCCGAGGCCGUGGGGCUUGUGAACACUUUGGACAACUGGAGAGUGGUGGACAAGAUCAUCAUGUCCACCAAGACACCAGAGAAGAAAAGGAUAUUUGGAAAAGGCAACUUCCAGUCUCUUACAGAGAAAAUCAGACAAACAGCAGGAAUCACUGCUGUGUUCAUGAAUGUCCAGCGUCUGUCUCCUUUGUCUGAGAGGGAGCUGGAGGAAGCCUGGGGGGUUAAAGUCUUUGACAGAUACUCGGUGGUCCUACACAUCUUUCGCUGCAACGCCAGGACUAAAGAGGCAAAGUUACAGAUCUCUCUGGCAGAGAUCCCCUUGUUAAGAUCUCGUCUGAAAAAUGAAGUUGCAAACUUGGACCAGCAGGGUGGAAGAACGAGAUACAUCGGAGGUUCAGGUGAGACGCUGCUGGAAGUCCACCAGAGGCUGCUGAAGGAGCGGGAGAUGAAGAUUCGCUCAGCGCUGGAAAAACUGCGGAGAAAGAGGCACCUGCUGCGAUCUCAGCGUAAACACAAGGAGUUCCCCGUCGUCUCAGUGUUGGGAUACACGAACUGUGGGAAGACGACUCUGAUAAAAGCACUGACCGGUGACAGCGGUCUUCAACCCAAAAACCAGCUUUUCGCCACCCUGGAUGUCACCGUCCACGCCGGCCAGCUGCCCAGCCACAUGACAGUCCUGUACGUGGACACCAUCGGCUUCCUGUCCCAGCUGCCCCACCAGCUCAUCGACUCCUUCUCUGCCACCCUGGAAGAUAUUAAACACUCAGAUCUGCUGGUUCACGUCAGAGACAUCAGUCACCCAGAGACGGUGAAUCAGAAGAUGAACGUACUGAACGUCCUCAAGAACCUGCAAAUCCCUGACAGGCUGAUGAGCUCCAUGAUAGAAGUCCAUAAUAAAAUUGACCUCAUUGACAGCUAUCAGUUUACAGAGCCCAGCGUGCUGCCCAUAUCCGCUUUGGAAGAGCGAGGCCUGGAUGAGCUGAAGAAAGCCGUGGAGGAAGAAAUUCUGAACUCUACAGGAAAACACAUUUUGGACCUUAAAGUUGACCUCAGCACUCCUCAGCUAAGUUGGCUGUACAAAGAAGCCACCGUUCAGGACGUGCAGGUGAAUGCAGAUGAAGGCUCGGCUGUCGUCAAGGUCAUCAUGAGCACCGCUGCGUAUGGACGCUAUAAGAAACUGUUCUCAGGCUGGUAGCAACUGCUGCGGGACAGCAGCUCCAAAGAAAUGACUGCAAACUGUACCAGAAAUAUCUUUCUAAAAAAUACUAUAAAUGUAUAUUAAAAAUAUUUUAAAAUAAAUGUUCUCGUAGACAUUUAAAUUCAUUCAACAUUUCUUGAACUUCGAACUCUUAAUGUGCAUUGAAAGUCACAGAAAUACAGAAAAGAGUUUAUGAGGUAUCAGGAUCAGUUCCUGUGAAAUAAAAUAUUUUUUUUAUCUA